CCCGGUUACCUAGCCAUACCGGUUCUACAAGUCGUUAUUUAUAGUCAUUUCACCUCGCCCUUCCUUAACUUUUUGCCUUGAAACUCAGAGUGCAGUCGCCUCGAAAUAUGAGCAGCAGCGGGUGCGGGGAGCUUUUCAGCAACAUCCCGACUAUCAUAACAGAAGAUGCGGGCUCUCCGGCGCAUAAACUGACGGAAAACCCAGUUGUCGUUAACGAGGGAAACUUGAGGCCCCCGAGUCCCUCUGAGGAUUAUGACUCUGAGGCAGAGGCUUACCGGGAUGGGAAAACCAAUGGGGUGGACCGGUACACCAGGGACAAGGCGUUUGCUUGGUGCCAAGACUUUCUGUCAGGGUCGUGGAAGAACAUCAGAGAGAGUGAUUUUCAAAUCAGCAUCGUCAGUGGUGGACUGAGUAACCUGCUGUACCUCUGUAGUUUGCCUGACCAUGUGCACUGUGUGGGAGAGGAACCCCGCCAGGUGCUCCUCAGAAUCUAUGGAGCCAUCUUACAGGGGGUGGACUCCCUGGUGUUGGAGAGUGUGAUGUUUGCCAUCCUGGCAGAAAAAACUCUUGGACCAAAACUUUAUGGCAUCUUCCCCGAUGGACGCUUGGAACAGUACUUUCCGAAUACCCGCAUGCUCACAGAUCAACUCUCCGAUUCGUCUGUAUCAGCUGAGAUUGCCACCAAGUUGGCACGUUUCCAUGAAAUGAGCAUGCCCUUCAACAAAGAGCCUAUGUGGCUGUUUGGGACCAUUGACAAAUACGUGGAUCAAGUGAUGAAGAUUAAGUUUUUACGUAAAACACAUGCAGUGAAGUACAAGAAGCUGAUGAAGUUUGACCUGCCUGCUGAGGUAGAGAGCCUCCGCACGUUAUUGGCAGCAACUCCUUCACCAGUGGUUUUCUGCCACAAUGACGUCCAGGAAGGUAACAUUCUGAUUCUGGAAGAACCGGACCCCAACUCAACAGAAAGACUCAUGCUGAUCGACUUUGAGUACAGCAGCUACAACUACAGGGGCUUUGACUUUGGGAACCAUUUCUGUGAGUGGGUGUAUGACUACACCUAUAACCAGUGGCCCUUCUACAAAGCCACUCCAGAGAACUAUCCCACCAGAGAACAGCAGCUUCAUUUUAUCAGAAGUUAUUUGGCUGAACAGAGAAAAUACUCUACUCCUGAUACUACUGACAUUACCACGGACCAGACACAGACAGAAGAGGACAUGAUCACUGAAGCCAACAGGUAUGCACUGGCAUCACAUUUCCUGUGGGGCCUGUGGUCCAUCAUUCAAGCAAAGAUGUCCAAGAUUGAGUUUGGAUACAUGGACUAUGCUCAGUGUCGUUUUGAUGCCUACUUCAAGCAAAAAAAGCUCUUCUCCUGAUUUCCACCAUGUUCAUCACAGUCUAAUGUCUCUUUGUUGUGUUCUUGAACUCCAGUCCUAUGCAGCUCUGCUUGCUUUUAUUGAAGCACCUUUCCCUCUAGUGUGAAGUUCUCUUAGAGCAGACGUAGCUCUAUAGCAUUGAAUGUUGUCAGUUAAUGUCAUGGACAGUGCUGGCUGCCUGAGGAUUCAUGUCCUUUAAUUUCAGACCGUACCUCUUACUGUUACAGUAGUAUUGAGUUAAAGGAACACUCCACCGUUUUUUCAUAUUAAAACAUGUUAUUCGGUCAAGUAA